UUAAUUCCUCAUACACUCAUAAGUCAUACUCUUCUUAAGAUUAUAAAAUUAGUAGUUAGGUACCUAAUUCAAUUCGUAAAAAGAGACAGACAACAGACAAGCAUGACUCCCCCUUCAGAAUGGACUCCCUCCUCGUGGCGGUCCAAGCCCAUCAAGCAGCAGGCCGUGUACCCCGACCCGGCGGCCGUGCGCCGCGCAACCUCGGAGCUGAGCCGGCUCCCGCCCGUCGUUCAUCCGCAGGAGAUCGCCCGGCUCAAGGCGAGCUUGCGCGACGUCGCGCGCGGCGAGGCUUUCCUGCUGCAGGGCGGCGAUUGCGCCGAGCUGUUCGACUACUGCCGCGCCGACGCUAUCGAGUCCAAGAUCAAACUCCUGCUGCAGAUGAGUCUCGUGCUCGUAUGGGGUGCCGACAAGCGUGUCGUCCGUAUAGGUCGUAUGGCCGGCCAGUACGCCAAGCCCCGGUCCAGUCCGACUGAGAAGGUCGUCGACGACAACGGCGAAACAAAAGAAGUCCCCUCGUUCCGCGGCGAUAUCCUAAAUGGCUAUCACCUCGAAGAGCGUGAUUUGGAUCCUCAGAGGCUUGUUAAAGCUUAUCACCACUCGGCUGCAACGCUCAACUACGUGCGAGCCGCCAUCGCGGCAGGCAUCGCAGACUUACACCGUCCUCUAAACUGGACUCUGGGCCACGUCAAGGACCCGCAGCUCAAGGCCAAGUAUACCGAGGCCGUGCGCUUCCUGCAGGACAUGCUGCGCUUCAUGCAUACCAUCGGUGCCGACCGCAGCCCCAAGCUCGACACUAUCGAUCUGUACUCUAGCCACGAGGGUCUGCUGCUCGAGUACGAGGAGAGCCUUACCCGGCUGAUGGAAAAGCCCGUACUCCCCGGCGACGAAGAGGCGACCCCCGAAUCAACAACGGGGAAACCACCUCAGAUGGAGUACUACGAUACCUCGGCCCACUUCCUCUGGAUAGGCGACCGAACGCGGCAGAUCGACGGCGCACACGUCGAGUUUUUCCGCGGCAUCGCAAAUCCCAUCGGGAUCAAAGUAGGCCCCACGACACCGACGUCGGAUCUCCUCGCGCUCCUACGGACCCUCAACCCGUCGCGCGAGGUGGGCAAGGUAACCCUAAUCACGCGGUACGGCGCAGCCAAGGUGCGCGAGCUGCUACCCGGCCACAUCCGCGCGGUCGAGGGGUCCGAGUACCGGGGGGCGUGUAUCUGGCAGUGCGACCCGAUGCACGGCAACACGCGGUCGACGGCGUCGGGCAUCAAGACGCGGCGGUUCGGGGACAUCUUCGACGAGCUGCGCGAGACGCUGCGCGUGCACCGCGAGGAGGGCAGUUACCUCGGCGGCGUGCACCUGGAACUAACCGGCGACGCCGUGACCGAGUGUCUCGGCGGCAGCGAGGGCCUCGACGAGGACGAUCUGUCCACCAACUACACCAGCUUCUGCGACCCCCGCCUCAACGAGAAGCAAGCUCUCGAGCUUGCGUUCCUGGUGGCGGAUUCGUUCCGCCAGGAGAGGAAAGACCUUCUUCUCCACCAUUAGAAAGGUACCUACCUAGCGAACGUGAAAUAUAAGAAAGUGAGGAGGGUAGGUAUCUAUUUCAUGUACCUUCGAGCCAGCUAGAUUUCCAGGUAGCCGUCAUUCAUAGCAUAGACAAGAAUACGGAAGAGGGGAACCAAUAUAUAAAAAAAUGAACAAGUUAAAAGACAUAAUAAGCAAGACAUGGCAUGGCGUAGGAAAAGGAUUUUCAGCGGUCCACGGGUUUCAUUUACAAAGGGAAGAGCUGCAUAGAAAAGGUAGCUGCUCACAUAUUGUGUCAAGUGAGGAAUAUGAAUAAAUAUAGAAAAGUCCGUCGUUUUGUCAAGAUACUCCG